CUUCACGAAUAAAAAAUUUUAAGGAAAGUUGGGCUUUCAAGUUUACUAGUUUGCUUGUGGACAUUUUUUUCGCCAAUUCAAUUCAAGCACAUGGAUUGUAGAUCUGUUAACGUGACCGGGCAUGGAAUUGGGAUUCUUUAAAUAUUGCAAAUUGGAUGUUCAUCUUGGAAAAGCAUUCCACCCCGGACUCUUUGCUAGAAGAGAAUCAAGUGCUAAAGCGCAAUUAUCAAAGCUCCAGAGAAGUGAGGAAGAUGAAGAAGAUUGGAGCUGAGGAGGAUAGGAGAAAAAUUGAAUUAACAGAAAGCAAUGCCAUCGCUUUCUCAUUAGGAAUUGUCGACUCUUUGUGUAGCUCUGAUGAAGAUAGCUCGCUAAAUUCAAACUUAUGUACACCUUUUGUUCCCACGGACAACAUAGAACCGUGCUCUAGAUCCAGUAGUACAAAAGCACGUUUCAGUCCUAUCAGAAGCUUGAUUAAUCCAUUCACAAAAUCCAAGUCUCAGCGAAGUCCUUUGGGUCCUGCAAGUGGCUCUCGUGGGCUUCCACUAUCUCGGAUGUCAAGCCUCAGGAGGACAAACACGUUGCGGAAAUCUUCAUCGAAUGAUUUCUCAAACACUAUGCAUAGUCCUGAUUUUGGUUCUCAGUUUGUAAAAAGAGAUCUCUGUAAAAAUUCAGCCGUUUCAGGUUCACCAGGUCACUUGCACGGAUGCCUCAAGUUGGAAACUAAGCACGGGGUGCCAUUUUUUGAGUUCUCGUUGAAUUUCACAGAAGACAUUUUUAUGGCCCAGACAUGGAAAACAGAAGACGCUUUAAAUUUGGUGUACACUUUUCACAACAGAAGAAAGAGUAAUGCUGGCGGAUGGGGAUUGAAAAAUUGGAACAAAGAGUACUCUAUGGUGGGACAAAUGAAGGUUUCAUGUUAUUUAUGUACAGAGCUAAAAGAUGUUGGGGCUUUCGACAACUCUAUGGUGACUGAGUUUGUAUUGUACGAUGUUGUGCACGGUGUUGUUAGACCUCCCAAGAGUUCUAAUCAAAGCCCAGCACGUGGAACUUGUGAGUUGGAUGAUGUGCCAGAUCAAUCGAGGCUCAAACUUCAACCAAAACAUGUUGUGGACAAUACCCAUUUUGAUUCGUCAACUCCAAAACCUUGGGCACCUAAAGAUUUGCAUCCAAGCCUUGAAAUAGCGGCCAUUGUCAUACAAGUCCCAUUUGGAAAGAUUCUGAGUGAUCAAACACAUCCAAAUUUGCUUGACCUCUCUGCGGCUGAGAAGAGAAAGGAAGGCAUUCUUGAUUGCUCAAGCCCCACAAAGGUAAAUGUGGUUGUCCCUUUUGGAAACCAUAGUUUGCCCAAUAAUGAGAACCAUGGUCCUUCACCAUUACUUGAUCGGUGGAGGUUGGGUGGAGGCUGCGACUGUGGUGGUUGGGACGUGGCAUGCCCGCUUACUGUUUUUGGCAAUCCCAAUAUUCAGAGUGCUGAAGAUCAUAGGCUCAUGGAGAAUCAGCAGCCUUUGGAGCUUUUUGUUCAGGGAUCAAAAGAAAAUACGCCGGCAUUGACCAUGACUGUUAUUGAGGAGGGAUGGUAUUCAGUUGACUUCCACGCACAAUUAUCUCCAUUACAAGCAUUCUCCAUUUGUGUUGCUAUAUUGCAUGGCACAGAAGCCUCAAUUGCUGUUGGGCAAGAGAGAGCCAACAAAUUGUUGAAAAGGAAUUCACUUAAAGUGUUUAUUGAGGAAGAAGUUAAAAUUUUAAUUGAUGCAGUUACAGAGGAGGAAAAGAGGAAAGCCAUCAAGAAGAUGGAAGAAAUCCCAAAAUCCUUUAAACUCAACCCACCCUUUUCUCCGAUUGAUCGGGCGUAGACACAUUUUGGCUUUGCUUAUUAAGGCACAAAUGCAUUAUCAGUUAAUUCUAGAUUGGGAUUAUAGGUAAUGGGCUGCGAGUUUGUACUACUUUAAGCAAGUUUACUACAAUGGAGGGACCGUGCUACAUCUUCUAGCGAGGCUCUACAUAAUUUGUUCAAACUUUCACUUUUUAUAGCAAGAUUCAAACAACCCACAAUACUGUCCGUAAUGUUAGUAGAUAGUGAAGGAAAAGAAGUAAUCAUUCAAUUUUUGAGAGAUGGUAGUUCUUUCACUUCUGUUCUUGUAAUUUUUAUGAUGGGUAAAUGUUUUAGGGAACGUAGAUUCUGAGAAUGAUGAAAUAGAGCUUCCACCGUGACGGGUUUGAAGGCAAGAAGAUCACUUGUAUAUUUUCAGAAGUCUCUGUAUCUCUAGAAUAAAUGGUAAAUGGUGUGUACUCUUUAUCUUAUUCUUCUGUGAACUAUAUAGCAAUUUUCAGAAACA